AUGGAGCCUUGGGGUAACAUUCUCAUGGGUGACCCGGAGAAACCUUGCAUCUGGAAGGGGACACUGAUCUGGCCCCAAGUGGCAUCCUCAAGCCCGCAGACACUGCUUGCUCUUUCCUGCCGCACUCCCGCCGCAGAUGCUUUCCUCUCAGACUGCCAGGGCGCAUGGGGCGCGAACCUGCCGGAAGGGUGGACGGCUGGAGGCAACUGCCAGGACGCUUCCUACCUCACAUGUGAUGCUGCGGGCAUGAUCAUAGACAUCACGAUGGAGAAUGUGACGCUGGGCGGCCCUCUGCCUGACUCCAUUGGUGACCUUGCUCAGCUCACUCACCUGCAGCUGAAGUACAACGAGCUGACGAGCACCAUCCCUGACUCUAUCUCUCUCCUCACUAACCUCGUCUACCUACUGCUAGGGGACAACGGGCUGACAGGCUCCAUUCCUGACUCCAUCACUCUCCUCACUAACCUCGUCUACCUUAGCUCUCCACAGCUCUGCACCUCCCACCACGCCUCUCACCGUCCCUCUGUGUCGCCCAUCAGAGCCAUCAACGGCAACAACAUCACGGGCAUCAUCCCUCCCUCCAUUGGCAACCUUGCAGCACUAUCCCACCUGUGA